AUGUACAAAACAGCUACGAUUCUCUGCAAAGCCUCCAUCUACACUCGACUCAGUACGGGAGAAGUUGUCAGAACAGCGGGCGUGCAUUCGGGUCCACCAGAUCCGUCAGCCGUUGAGGUUGCGAGACUUACCACCAAGAUCAAGCGACGUUGCGAGGAAUCCAACGAGACUCCGUCUGCAUUGGUCGACUCCGUUCUGUCGACGGCCACGACGGCUACUUUGGGACGCUUGCUGCCGCCGCCCACGAUAUCCAGGCUGAUCAACCGGCAUCGAAACGCUUUCUCGGGUGCUCCGAGCAACCCCGCUUGCCGAGCCUCCAUCGUACUAUCCGAGCAGUAUCGGAUGUAUGAGAGUGAGCCAGGGACAUUCGAGAACUUCCUCGUGGCAGAUACCGGUGUUGGAGACGAAUACCGGAUCAUGAUUUUCGGUAGAGAAUCCACGAAAUCUCGGAUCGGCCAUGUCGACAAGUUGUAUGUCGACGGUACCUUCAACCUGGCGCCACCGCUCUUUGCACAGGUGUCUGUCAUCCUGGCAGAGAGAUCGAGGUGCGUAACGCCGGUCGCAUACGCUCUGCUCCCGGAUAAAACCGGUGAGACCUACACUAGGAUGCUGAGGCUAGUGAAAGAGGCUUGGCCCGCUCUGAAUCCGUCCAGCGUUGUCAUGGACUAUGAAAGAGCCAUGGUGAACGCAAUCCGGGAAUUUUUCCCAAUGGAUGUCUCCAUUCACGGAUGCUUCUUUCACCUAGUGAAGAACGUCAAACUUCGCGUGGCCCGAGAAGGAUUGUGGAGCCGGUACACGAGCGACGACUCUUUCUCGCUGAAGGCCCGAAUGAUUGCUGCCUUAGCCUUCGUCGUGCCGACUGAAAUCGAUAACGCAGUCUCUGAACUCGCACCCGUGCUGCCCGCCGAGCUGAUUCCUGUCCUGAAUUACUUCGAAGACGUGUAUAUCGGACGUCUCAACGGAGUUAGGCCAGAUGGCACUCUGAUCCGAAGAGCUCCGCAGUUUCCGAUCGAGAUGUGGUCGGUGUGA